AUAACUUAAUAAAUUAAUCCCCUGGAGGAGUACUAGUACUAGUAUUCAUCUCAGUCCCCUUCUUCAUCUAUAUUCUGUACUCCUCCUGCUUCAUCUUCGGAUCUUCAACCUUCAUCAGAUCUUCCAAAAUGCUGACUGGCAGCCAUGACAAGAGUCUCCAAAUCAAACAAAACGACAAGUUUUUCUCCAGGAUUAUGUCCAAAGAAACCUCCAUGGCCAACUCGUCUUCCCGGAUUUACUACAGAGGAGCUUCCGGUUCUGUUCCAUUCAUGUGGGAGUCUCAGCCCGGCACUCCCAAACAUCAGUUCAGCGACACCGCUCUCCCGCCGCUCACUCCUCCGCCUUCUUAUCAGUCAAACUCCAACUCAAAAUCAAAAACCCUUCACAAAGACACCAACAAGCCGAAGCUUUUGAACGCAAUCUUCCCCUCCAGGUUCACCAAGAAGAACCACGCCUCACCUAAUUCGUCAUCUUCUUGGUCAUGCGCGUCAUCGUCUUCUUCCUCCUCUUCUUCCUCGUGGUCGUCUUCAAGAUCAACGAACUCCAAGUUUCAGAGAAGAUACUUUUCAUGUUCGUCAAGAACACGCAUACAUUACAACAUGGACGACGAUGAAGAUCAUCAAAGUGCAGGCCAUGGCCAUAGCCACGGAUCCCCUAUUUCUACAUUGUGUUUUGGUGGUACUAAAGCUAAGAGUUUUAAUGGCGGUCCAGGGUGCUACUCUCUAGUGAAUAUGAAGAAUGCUUUCUUCUCCAUUGCAGGCAGCCAUGGAUCAAAUAAGCAAGGUACUGCUUGAUUAAUUAGUGAGAGAUUAUAUAAAAACAGUAUUGUGUUUAAUAAUUUUGUUUUUGGUUUGCUUUAUAAUUUUGGUAUUCUAUAGUUUGUAGAACAACUUGUUCAACACCAAAUUUCAUGAUAUUUUUUUAGAACAAAGUUGUUUAAUUUUCUAAUAUGUAAUUAAGUA